GGGCUUGGGGGUUGCGCGAGUCGCCGAGCGGCUCAGCCUGAGUACUUAAGCGCGCGUGUGUCCACCGCGUCCCCGAGCGUCUCCGGAGCCGGCUCUGCUCAGGCACCAAGGACGCGCGCGGAGCCAGCCCGCCUGCCCUGCCCAGCGACCCAGACCGAAGCGGUCCCGAGGGAGCACCUGUGGAGUCACCAUGCUGCCUCUGAGCACCAUUGGGGGCCAGGAACCCGAGGAGGAGGUGCAGACCAAGCCGCCGAAGAAAGGAGGCUUUUUUUCUAAGAAGUCUGAUGCUCUGCCGAAGAAGUCCAAGAAAAUGAAGGGAACCGUGUCCUUCAGAGUCCUGCCGUUCUGCCCCGCGGCCCCCUGGACUUCUACGGAGCCAGCCCUGCCCGGGCCCCCAGGACCAGCGGUGAGCAAGCCGGCGCGCUCCAGCCCAGACAUCGAGCCCGAGCCCGGGUCCGGAGGUCGGUCCCGCGGCCGCAGAUCCGAAGGGUCCGGCCAUCAAGGGAGGGCCUGCCGCGUCAUGAUGCUGCCUCUGAGCACCAUCGAGGACAAGGAAACUGAGGAGGUGCAGACCAAGCCUCCGGAGAAAGGAGCCCUGCUUUCUGAGAAUCCUGAUGAGCCUAAGAAGAAGCCCAGAGGAAUGAGAGGAAGACUGUCUUUCAAAGUUCUGCCGUUCUGUCCCAUACCGAGUGUCUGCUUCAGCUACUACGUGGAGCCGGAUGAUGACGUCGAGCCUGAGCCUGAGCCUCAGCCUGAGCCUCCGGUGGCUCCCGACGCUUCGAAGUCGGACCCGAAUUGCACCGUGGUCCCCAUGCCUGUGCUGGAGUUCCGCGAGGUCAAGGUGUGCGAGUGUCCCCUCUGCUGCCUCAGCUUCGUCACUGCUUCCUAAGCCCCGAGGGCCCUCCGCUUCCUGCUCCUGACUGCGCGCCCCCGAAUCAUGCAUGCUGGGCUACCGUGAUGCAAAAUCCCCCAAUGCAGCGGCUUCAAUAAACUCAACUUGCUGUCUCUCCCAA